GCUUCAGGCCGAUCCAGGGUCGCCAUCAGUGCCCUUUUGUUUUGUUACGCGACCGCAUCCAGAGCACCCUCCAGGCUCCCAACUCGCCGCAGCUAUCACUUCACAACUGCCUACCCUCGCCCUUCUUUCUUUCAACAACCACCAGCGAGCACAACACAACUCUUACUUCUUGACGCUCUCAGCCGUCAUCACCCUCUCUGUUUUAGUGAAAGCGAGCAACCGAGUAAGAACUCGCGAUGCCGCCGAGAAAGGGCCCGCCCACGGCGGAGGGGGCCAGCACUUCCGCUGCCCGCCCCAACAAGAAACCUGCCACCAAAGUUGCAGCUCCCAAGUCGACCACCAGCAAGGCUGCCGCCCCGAAGGCUCAGAAGAAAGACACUACGUCGAAAGCCCCGAGCACCUCCAAAGCAGUUGCGCCCCCCAAAGCAGUUGCGCCCCCCAAAGCAGUCGCGCCCCCCAAAGCAGCUGCGCCGUCCAAAGCAGCUGCGCCGUCCAAAGCAGCUGCGUCCUCAACUCGGCCAACGUUGACGCCGUCGUCUGUGAAGAAACCCGACAAGAAAGCAGCCACCACCAAGGCAACAGCUGCCACUUCAGAGAAGCCUGCGAAGCCAGCCGUGGCAUCGUCCACCAAGAAGUCGCAGAAGAAAUCAUCUCGACCAAAGGUUGGUCCUUUGGGCCGGGACAGCCCGCAGGAACCUGACGCGGGAGAGACCGCGGGUCCAUCCUCGACCAAAGGCACAGUGGCCAAUAUCUCCCGAAAGCGCAGGUCGUCGUCCAUCGAGGACGACGAGGUAGAACCCGUUGCGACCCGCACUGCCAAGAAGAAGGUCAAGGCGGACUCUGGCAGCUCGAAGCGGAAGGCCGCCUCGGAAGCUGGCAGAAGACCACGGAAGACCCGAAAGAUAGAGGACGAGGACGAUUACGACGACCAGGAAGACCACGGUGAUCGCAACCUCCCAGAUGACCAAGAGCUUGAUGCAGUGGCGCCCGUGAGGCCCAGGCGCAGACUGGCUACCCCAAAGGCUGCUUCAUCCGCCAAGAAGCCCGCAGCCUCCAAGGCCAGCCAGUCCAAGAAGGACGUCAGAAAGGACGCCAGAAAAGACGUCAGAAAGGGAGCCAAACAAGGACGGCCAGCCAAGCUUCAGCUCGGUGUUCAGAUCAACUUUGCGCCAACCCAGCCUCUCGACGUCUUCAUCUUUGGCGCCGGUGAGUCCGGCGAGCUUGGCCUGGGCAACCAGAUGGUCGACGGAAAGAAGCCCGUCAACGUGAAGCGACCUCGACUACACCCGCUGUUGCCUGGCGGGGAAGUCGGCGUCGUCCAGAUUGCCUGCGGCGGAAUGCACUCUGUCGCCCUCACCAAGGACAACAAGAUUCUUACCUGGGGUGUCAAUGACCAAGGCGCCCUCGGUCGCGACACUACCUGGGACGGCGGCCUUCGUGACGCGGACGCGGAGGACAACGAGGAUAAUCAAAAUGGUUUCGAGUCUUUGAACCCUAUCGAGUGUACUCCUACGGAAGUCAACACAAAGAAUAUUGUCGAGGGGACCAGGUUCACCAAGGUUGUCGCCAGUGACAGCGCCUCGUUUGCUUUGACCGAGAACGGUCGCCUCUAUGGAUGGGGUACAUUCCGAUCUUCCGAUGGCAUUCUCGGCUUCACCAAGGAUACUCUGGUGCAAUUCGAGCCUGUGCUCCUACCAGAAUCCAAGAAUAUCGUGGAUAUCGUCGCCGGCAACAACCACGUUAUAACCCUCGACAACAAGGGCAAGGUCCAGACGUGGGGUGCGCCCGAGAUGAACCAGCUUGGUCGCCGCGUUGUCCAGCGCGACAUGGUGGCGUCCGCACUGCGACCCGGCGGCCUCUCGUUCAAGCGCGGUAUCAAGAUUGUCAAGAUCGCCUGCGGCUCCUAUCACAGCUUCGCCAUUGACGACCUCGGACGUCUGUAUGCGUGGGGCCUGAACAACUACGGAGAGCUUGGUCUGGACGAGAACGUCGGCGAGGACGGGGGCACAGUCCUCGAGCCCACCCUCGUCGAGUCCCUUGCCGACUACAGCAUCGCCGAGAUCGCCGGCGGCGAGCACCACACCGUCGCCUGCAGCGACGAAGGCAAGCUCCUCGUCUGGGGCCGCAUAGACGGCAAGCAGACCGGCCUCACGGCGGACAAGUUCAACACAAACAACACUGUCUACGACGAACACGGGAAGCCCCGAAUUCUGGCAGUCCCCACGGAACAAGAGGGCUUCAACAACGUCGUCUCGGUUGCCUGCGGGAUAGACAACUCCUUUGCCAUCACACGGGACGGCAAGGCCUAUUCCUGGGGGUUCUCGGCCAACUACCAGACCGGCCAGGGCGAACAGGAAGACGACGUCGAGGUACCGACGCUGAUUGACAACACUGCCGUCCGCGACCGCAAGAUCUUGUCUGCUGGGGCCGGCGGACAGUUUUCGAUGCUCACAAGCAUCCACCAAAACGCCUGA